AUGGCGAAGCGUGUGGCAGAGGCCAAUGAAGUACCUCUUUCUGUGCAGGAAGGUAAACGCCUACGGCGUUCAUCCCCUGUAGGUAUCACACCAGCCAAUGCGAUCCCACCACAAUGGGAUGUAGAUGAGAUUGUUGCUGCGCGCAAAGCAGAGAUUCUUGCACUGCAUCGCGCCAUGAAACAGGCUCGCUCGGCGACGAACACACGUGCAUGGCAACUACUACCUCGCCAUUUGCGCCGUCGUGCAGCAUCACACAAUGUCCUACGACUACCUCGCCGUUUGCGGGCCAAAGCACGUGCAGAACUGCGUGCCUCAAACACAGAUGCCAAGACACGCAGUGCUAUGCGCAAGCGGGAUCCUGAGCGUACACUACGUGGCUACAUACGACGUCGAGCAGCACUUCAAGCACGAGCAGCACGGCCCGGCCGCCGCUGGCUUGAGACACACUUGUGGCAUGCCAAGCGAUUUCGCAUGACGGGCGAUAAAGGCAAAGGUAUCUCGGAUGGCGGCGAAGGACGUUGGGGGUUCUGCUUGGCUGAGACUCCGCAUCAAAAAAGUGAGCGUACUUUGUGGCGCAAAACUUCCUAUGCCCUAGUCCAUGAUCACAGUUACACCUCGAUCGUGCGUAUAACUGCGACAGCCCAUCGUGUAAGUGACGCGACCAGUCGACUUCAGCUCUUCCUUUAUUUGGCUGGCAUCGAGAAGGGAUGGCAACCAGACUGGACGACUGGGGCUCAACGUUGUGACACUGUCCUACUAGAUCGCCCACGCCGUGGUGAGAAGAAAACACGGACUCGGGCCACCACGCCAUUCCUCGCAGCCAUAGCGCCAGUCCAAGUCUGGUGGACACCCCACGACCAACGUCAUCCACGGCGGGACGUUCAUGUAUUUGUACACCCGGCUGCGGUUGUUGAUGUGAAGCAGGCGUUGGCCCAUGCCCUCGACGCACUCCCACUGGCUUCGGCGCAUACAUGGCCCAUCGCUCAGCGUUGGACAAAGCACGUGAACAUUCAGGCCCAGGUAUUGGAAAGCGCCCCCCCUCCCUCUUUAGCCGCUGGCAUGCUGCAUAGCGAUCAGCAUACACGUGCACCACGGACGCUACUAGAAAUGCAAGACGUGCCUCGCCAUGCUGGAUGGAACGUCUUCGAGGUCCUAGGUGAUCGUGCUGCCCACAUUCUCGGUGGUGUGCUUCAUGUCGCACCGCAGGCACAGGCUCAUCAGGCUGAGAUGCUACGGCGUGUACUCUAUCAGGAUGCGGCACAUGCACUGCCGUCAGCAUGGCUCCCACCAGGCACGGCAUUGAGCUGCGAUAUCAUUGAUCCACGUCUGACAUACCCACCAAAAAACACGACUUGCGGUACGAGUGUACCAAUGGAGGCACCAUGGGUUCGCGAUGCACGACCUGUAUAUGCCGAUGCACGAUUCUGCUCGUAUACCUCUUUACCCCGCUGCACUCAAGCAGCCAUUGACCAGCGUCGUGCGCAGCAUCGAACAGAGCCUGCUUCUUAUGAUACAUGUCCAAUUCUUCUCUUCCAGCGGACUUGGUCUGCCGCCCCUGGCUCAGCGCCUUUGCAUGGUUAUACCCUACUAGUGCCACGCGGCUGGGGCGCGGCUGUGUGGCGCUCGCUCGUCCAUACUGGCGCACAUGUGGUGGGGCAAGCGCAAUGGCGCGCUCUUCAUCUGCAUUUGGGUCAUCCUCUUUUUCCCGAUGACUGGAUCGGGCAUGCCGCGAGUCUGGCUGCACAAGAUCAGGCAGCGACACGGCUUCAUGCACACUGGGCAGCGCGCCCGCCGGCGAAACGCGUACCAUUGGUCCUCGAUGUAUGUGCACAUCCCUUUGGCGGUGCAGCUCUUUGGCAGGCAUUGGCGCAGGGGGCUGGGUUCGUCGGCCGUCCUGUGUUGGUCCCGUGUGUGGACGAAGCAGCAACGCAACGCAUGGACCAAGCGCGAUGCACUUCGCCUAUUCAACGGCCAUCCACAGUGACAACAUCGAAAGCAUGCACGCUAUGGACACGAGAAGCGUAUGAACACGGCUUAGCACGUAGAUCGGCGGCUAUUCAUGCCCCUCUUCCCCGCUGCUAUGCCCCUUUUGUGCUGGUCCUUCUGACAGCCUGCCGACGUGGUGCAUGGGAUGCAUAUGCAACCAUGCAUAUGCUGCCUCUCGAUGCCGAGGCAGCUUGGCGUCAAGCUUUAGACCCGCCUCGCGCGCAAAAGCAGGAAGCACGAGUGCAGCUGCAAACACUGGAGUCCUCGACUCAUGUCACAGCCUCGUCAGCUGUGGGCGCGGUGACGCGUGGUGACUACGCCCUCUCAACUGGGCAUGGCCGUGCCAUUGCUGUCAUGACAUGGACGGCGUGGCUCGAGCUGGAACGGCGUGAAAGACAGAAAGCGCCCCCCUCUUCUACGUGGGGUCGCCACAAGCGCAAUCGUGUUCCACUAGAACGACUUGUGCUCGUUCGUAAUGCCAUGGGUGGGCCAGUCCGGGCAGCUAGUGUCUCACGGUUACCUACGUACUAA